AUGGAUUUCCAGAAUCGUGCAGGAUCCAAAUUCGGUGGCGGCGGUGUCGCAUCGCAAUCCGCGACCAAUGCAGACCGUCGCGAACGUCUCCGCAAGCUCGCUCUCGAGACGAUCGACCUCGACAAAGACCCCUACUUCUUCAAGAACCACGUCGGAAGCUUCGAGUGUCGUCUGUGUCUGACGGUCCACCAGAACGAUGGCUCCUACCUCGCCCACACGCAGGGCCGCAAACACCAGACGAACCUUGCGCGGCGUGCGGCCCGCGAGGCCCGGGAAGGAAAGAACCAGGACCCCUCGUCGCUGCCGGGGGCGAUGGGCGUGCAGGUCAAGAAGCAGACCAUCAAGAUCGGACGGCCCGGGUACAAGAUCACCAAGAUCCGGGAUCCGUUGACGCGACAGCUGGGGUUGCUGUUCCAGUUGCAGUAUCAGGAGAUUACGCCGGGAGUGCAGCCCCGGGUGCGUUUUAUGUCGGCGUUUGAGCAGAAGGUGGAGGAGCCUCCGGACAAGAACUUUCAGUACCUCGUCGUGGCUGCGGAGCCGUACCAGACGUGUGGGUUCAAGCUUCAGGCUAGGGAGAUCGAUCGCCGAGAUGGUCGGUACUGGACCUGGUUUGACGAGGAUAGCAAGGAGUUCUGGGUCCAGAUUAUGUUCAAGACCGAACGUGAAGAGCGAUUCAGUGGUGUGCCUGGUCUGGCUCCCGCUAUUGGAUCAUAG